GGUGAAGGUGAACGACAAAAAUAACGACAGAGAAAGAGGGAGGGAGAGAGAGAGCGACUAAGUGGGGAGAGGAAAACAAGGGACAUCAACAUCUAUACUACUCUCAUGUUGUUGGAUAUUAUUUGACGAAGCCUUUUUACCCCUUAUCACCCCCCACCCUUUACCCCCCCCCCCCCCCUCCACCCCCAAACAUACACUUAUUUUCAACUUUCUCUAUUAUUGGAUUUCUUUGAGUUUUGAGACUUUACGUAGGACUACACAUCCAAUGCUGUCCGUUAUAUUAUAGGCAUUUCUCCAAAAUCCAUUUCAAUUAUCAUUUUUCGCGGAAUAUUUUUGUUCAGGUCAAGAAGAAAAUCAACUCCGUGCGAUGCCUAUUAUCCUCAAAUAAACGGACAAUCAUCAAAGCAAGGUAUUUUUCGCGAAAUCUGAGCGCUGAUGUCCAACUUUGUUUAUCUCAAAGAUAGAGGCUGGGAUAAGAGAUUUAUUAAAGGGCCCAUUGCAUCUGGCAAGAUUAUUGAAUCGAACACUUAUUUGACCAUGGACAUUUCUUUGAGGACAUCAUUUUCACUUUUGAUUUCUUCAUGGACAUUUGGAAGCGCAAUAGUUUAUUGUUGAUGUCAAGUUAUAUUUGAUAUGUCGAAUGUCACUAUUAUUCUCUAGCACGUUCUUAAUUCAUAUUUAGAUAAACUAUCAGUCGGUGUUCGAAUGAGGUAAAUAACAGUCGGUGUAGCAGUGUGUAUCCAGCUGUCCGCCUUUUUAAUCGUCACGUCACUGUGUUGUGAACCCGUUGACAGCCAGUCAAUCGUUUGUGGAUUAAUCGGAUAAAUUCCGAGUUCAUUCCACGGUGGGAAUCAACGGCGUACCAAUGUCUAGGCCGCUCACACAGCUCCUACCGCCUGACCUCCCGGCCGGAGCGAGCCCACAGUUCAGUACGGGUAACCUCGCGGGCAGUGUCCUGACCGGCGGACACUUGAACUCCAUGGCCAGCCUCAAGACUCUCCUACAACUGCCCAUCAAGGCUGACCAGCGAGCGAAAGACUGCUGUGCAAUGAAAGACAAAGACAAGCCCCAGGACUCGGACACCAUGGGUGGGGGCCCAGGCGGUCGGCCUUCCCAGUCGGCUUUCCUGGGGCCCCAUCUGUGGGAGCGCACGCUACCCUGCAGCGACGGUGGCCUCUUCCAGCUGCAGUACAUGGACCUGGAGGAGUUCCUGACUGAGAACGGCAUGGCCAUGCACAGCAAAGGUGGCAAUGGCUCCAGCGCCAGUGCCCAGGUGCCCUCGCAGAGCUCUCUGCAGUCGGCCGUGCCCAACCAGAGCUCCCAGUGCCCGCCGUCCUCCCCUCCGCUAUGUUCUUCUUCAUCAUCCUCCAUGUCCUCCUCAUCUUCCUCCUCCUCGCUGCUGGGCCUGGACAACGGGCCGCCACCACCAAACGGACUGCCAGGCAUGAUGGGAGGGCCCGAGUGCCUACGUGGUGGCCAGGUCAUGCCUCCAGACCUCUCGCCCUCCUCCACCACCUCCUCCUCCUCCUGCCUCCCCGGGCCGCCAGGAGGCUCACUGGUCGCCAACGGCACCGCUGACGUCAUGGUGAACUUUGACCCGGACCCGGCGGACGUGGCGCUGUCCAGCGUGCCGGGCCAGGAGGCCUUCGACCCCCGGAGGCACCGCUUCUCGGACGAGGAGCUCAAGCCACAGCCCAUGAUCAAGAAAGCCCGCAAGAUGCUGGUCCCAGAUGAGCAGAAGGACGACAAGUACUGGAGCCGGCGCUACAAGAACAACGAGGCGGCCAAGCGCUCACGUGACGCCCGGCGCCUCAAGGAGAACCAGAUCACGGUGCGCGCCGCCUUCCUGGAGCGAGAGAACGCUGCUCUCAGACAGGAAAUGGCCGACAUGCACAAGGAGCUGGGCCGCUGCCGCAACAUCCUCAACAAGUUCGAGAGCCGACACGGAGACUUGUGAGGAAGAAGAAGAGGAUGAAGGGCGGAGGAGGGAGAGGGUUAGAAGGCAGCCACAACAUUGGCAGCACUUUAGUUGAGGGGGUGCGCGUACGGCCUACGUAGACGUGACGUGAGCAUUGUAUGACACCUGGCGUAAAGCAUCCGUGUUGUGAGUAACCCGGAGUGUUGUAGUGAGUGCAGCCUUCAUUUUGUGUAUCUGUGCUAUGCUGGUUUCACUUCCCGUGUCUCUUUGACAGGUUGCGUCGUGAUGUCAUUCAGUGUUUAUAUCAGGUGCGUUGCAGUGGGUUUUUUUUUUUCCUUCGGGGUAAUGCUCAGGCCAUACGCGCACCCAUUCAGAUGGGUGUGUUCAAAUCAUACAGAUCACAGACAACUAAUGUUUUUAAGCUAAAGGCAAGGAGACAAGCCAGGGGAGGACAGAUGUGUACUUUUCUUCUAUGACUAAACAUGUGUAUCUUUUAACUGUACUGAGCAGGGAGGGAGGCAUGGGCCAACUAGAAAACAGAGGAUGAGCUAUAAUCUAGAGGAGGAGGAUGAGGAGAGGUAGGCAGAAGAGAGGAAAGCAAAGAGAUUUCAACAUAGGAAAACUGUAUAUUUUUAUAUUUGCAAAGACAGCUCAGAGGAGAUUUUGGAAAUAAUCUUUUGUAUAUUUUAUAUAUGGGUGAGUUUAGUAGAGAGAUGGGGGGGGCUAUAAGAAGAUGUUUUAACAACAGGGUAGAUUGAUAAAUUAUAUAUUUUGAAUUUAGAAGCUGUUCACAACCAUCCCGGUUGAGGGACAUUGAUCCCGAAGAGGUUUUUAAGAUUGACCCUUCUGAGGUCGUAAUAAUAGAGAAUGUAUAAUGGUUGUAUCCAGGGAUAACAUGGCGGCGAGAGAGGAGAUGCAUCUUAGUAAAUGAUUGUGGACAUGAACAGGUCGAAGGUUAAAUAAACAUUGUAUAGUUUAAA